AUGAUGCUUUUUGCUCGUCUGGAGGCCCGUCGUUGUCUGAAGGACAUCGAACCUCAAAUGUUUCCUGAAGAUGGAGGACCCAACCAUGGUGAGGUGGUUGAGCUGUAUGGAACAGAGGGAACAGGUAAGACAGAAUUGCUCUACCACCUGCUGUGUCGCUGCGUGUUGCCGGUAGCAUCCGGCGGUCUGGAGGUGGACGUUGUGUUUGUGGACACCGACUACAGUCUGGACAUGUUACGACUGGUCAGCAUCCUGGACAGCAGACUGAAUGCUGAUGAGGCAGCGCUGCGUUCGUGCCUGUCUCGCCUCCUGGUCGUCCACUGCUCCUCGUCCUCCCAGCUCGUCCUCACCCUCCACUUUCUGGAGACUUCCCUGUCAUCGCGGCCCGGACUCGCACUCCUCAUCGACAGCAUCUCCGCUUUCUACUGGCUGGACCGCUGCGAGGGCGGGGCCAGCAUCACCAAACAGGAAGAGAAACUCAGCAAGUGUGCAGAGCUGCUGGGUCGGCUGCUAAGGUAGCUAUUCAUCGACUAGAUCAGGGGUCUUCAAUUAAAAUUCCAAAAGGUCCAGAUUGAGAAAAUCUCCUCUGGCAAAGGUCCGGUCCUACACUCCAUCACCGUCGGUCCCUCCUGUCUCACAAACACACAAACACACACAC